CCUCCCAGACAUAUGGGCCAGGCCUCCCCAAAAUAACCUGCGAGCGCGGCGCUGACAAAUGUUGCUACUUUUACUGCUGACAGGUUACCCUAACUACUCGCCUUCAUAUUUCCCUGUAAACGCCAAGGGGAACUCUGUGCGAGAAAAGCGGAAAAGCUGGGCAGCUACCUGUCCCUAGGUUUUCCCAGGUGGCAGCAAGUCCAAGACCGGAAUCUCCCACUUUGAGCAGAGGUGCAACCUGAGGAUCCACCGGUCCCUUUGCAGAGGCCAGCUGCAGGGCUACUCUGAAGCAUGCAAGAAAACGCCGCCGAUCCGCCACGGUCGCUGUCUCAGCUCUUAAGGGAGAGCUACCUGGCCGAGGCCCGGGCCCAACAGCGUCACAGCGAAAUGAGCCGCUCCGACGCGUCGUCGUCACGCCUUCAGAUUUUUGGUUCGCUCAAAGGAAAGGCCGAAGACCCGACGGGGCUCCACGAGAGCCAAUUGCCGGACCUGUCGGCGUUCCUCAGCCAAGAAGAGCUGGAUAAGAGCGUGAACUUGGCCCGCCAGGCCAUCGGACAUGAGCCCCGUGACGAGAGGGUAGAGGUCAAAGCCGCCGUGGCUCCAAAUGCCUCGGCACCCAUUGCUUCAUCUACGACGUCCUCGGUUCACCUCACAAAGACCCCUCCGGUUCCUUACGUGCCCUCUGCCACGAUGCCUUUUGCACCGCCAGUCGAUUUGCCAGCAACACAACCGAAGCUAGCACUGGACAGAAAACCACAGGCGGCCUCCAUGCGGCAGGACAACAGCACGAGAAACAAUAGCGAAGGUCUAAACCACUUGAACAAGUCAACCAGGAACUCCCCAUUUGGGGCGGAGACCCAGUCCAAGAAGGAGUUCCUUAACAAGGCGGCCGACUUCAUUGAAGAACUCUCGUCUCUCUUCAAGUCAAACACCUCGAAACGGAUACGACCGAGGGCGUGCAAAGCCCAUCGGAGUCGGAAUCAGAACAAGAGCCAGAACGAUGGAACAAUUUACUCCGACGGCUCAGAUGGCCGAGAGCGCUCGGCUAUGCCUACGGACCUGGAUGAGGACGGGCCUGAUCCCGAUGUUAGCCACCAGCCAGAGAUCCAGCUAGACUCAGGGAUUGGUCAUGUGGAGUUAGAGGAUAGUAGGAUUACUGAGGCGCAGCAGUUUGACUCCAAAGAGUUGGAGCUGCCUGAAAGCUUCAUUUUGACACAAGCUCAGCCGCGUGCAGAUGAGCCAUCAACUGAGCCACCUCAUUUUAUCCAAAAACUGAAAAGCAGAGAAGUUCUGGAGGGUAGCAAAGUCCAGUUAGACUGCAUCGUCAGAGGACAGCCUACACCUGAAGUCCGGUGGUUCUGUGAGGGUAAGGAGUUGGAGAACAGCCCUGACAUCCAGAUCAUCACCAAUGGUGAGCUGCACUCUCUGAUCAUCACAGAGGCUUUUGAGGAGGACACCGGACGUUACUCCUGCUUCGCAUCCAACUUUUACGGAACUGACUCGACCUCAGCUGAGAUUUAUAUCGAAGGUGCAUCCUCUUCAGACUCUGAGGGGGAACUACACUUUGAGCUACAGGGCAACGAACCAAACUCCAAACCACUUUCAAGCCAAAUCCCCACAGAAGUUAGAGACUCUUCAACAAAUCAAACCUCCGGCCAACCAGCAGAGGAGCUCAGCACCCUUGUGAACCAGAAACUCCCAGUUCCUGUCCAGACGAUAACCAACUCACCUCCAAGCCCAGAACUUUCUCAAUCAUCAGGAGCUUAUCCAGAAGAGACUGAAACACAAGACCUCAUAGAGGGUCAGUUCUUAUCCCAGGCUGUUUUGCUAACAGCCACACCGCAGCUUUUAAAUCCGCCGCUCUCCAACGCAGCUCAAACGGCUCAACCUGAGAAUCAAACAUCUAGCUUCAACCUCCUGCAAGGCUUCAACGGGCAAGCCACCAUGGCCGCCCCUGUUUUUACAAAGAAUCUGCAAGACCUGGUGGCUUCAGAAGGGCAGCUGAUAGUGUUAGAGUGCCGUGUGAAGGGAGUGCCGUCCCCUCGAGUGGACUGGUACAAGGAGGCAAAAAUCAUUGAAGACUCCCCUGAUUUUAGAAUCCUUCAGAAAAAACCCAGGUCUCCAGCGGAAUCAGAGGAAAUAUGUACACUGGUCAUCGCGGAGGUCUUUAGUGAAGAUUCUGGGAUGUUUACUUGCACUGCAAGCAACGCUUAUGGAGUAACGUCCAGUACCGCAACACUAAGGGUCAAAGGUAACAGUGUUAACAACCAUGCAAUGAGACCUUUGUGCACUUUAACUGUGGAGCCCACUCGAGUCCAACAACCUUCCACGUCAGAUCUCACCACCCCUCCUGUAAAAGCUCAAACUGAGAUUGCCCUGACCAAUAAUAUCAAGCCGCACUCCAGCACCAUCCGUCUGGAUCCGUUCGUCAAUAACACCGUCCGUUUGGACCCCUUAAACACCAGCACCCUUCGUCUGCACCCCAACAACUCCAGCAUGCUUCGUCCGGACACCUUGCAUACCGGCCUGCACGAUCUGGACUCCAACAGCUUAUCCAGUGGUCCCAGUCUAAACCCUGGCAGUGUUGGCACCCCCAAUUUAGACCCGCUCACACUUCAUCAGGAGAACACAGGACAGCUGGCUCCACACCCCAAAGCCUUCACUGGACUACCUGCGGUUGAACAGGAAGCAUCGGGACCUGACGUCAGUUCCAAUCACAAGGCAGGCUCUCCCCAUCACUAUCUCCCCAACCCACCUCCCAACUCCUGCCUCAAGUCAGGGGUCCUGACAAACCACAAAGACUCACGCUCCAGCUCAAGAGUUGGCCUGCGUGUACAUUUCAAACUACCUGAGGAUGAGGAGGCGGAGCCAAAUGACACAUCUGCUCCACUUUAUGAAGACACUUCUGAUGCAUCGGUCAACAAAGGACCGCCGCCAGUGCUGGCAAAACCCAAGCUGGACCCGGUGCAGCUCCAGCUCCUUCACAACCAGGUUCUUAUGGAGCAGCAACAGGAGGGUGAACCCCAGACCCAAAGCCACAAUCAGCCUUCAUUCCAGGUUAAGCUAGAGACCUCAAAUUCUCACGAAGGUUCAUUCUGGUCCCUCAGAGAAAAACGCGAUUCGCAGUCUUCCUACCUUAACAACAGCUCGCAGUCGACACCCAAGUCUGGCUCUCCCCACACCAUGACGGCACCUUCAGCGAGUUCUGCUCCUGCGGUCAACACUCCUCUACGAUCCUUUUCAUCCACUCCCCAGGUUAAGACGACCUCCCUGGUGACGUUGCUUCCACCUAUGCCGCAGCUAAACACGGCUCCGCCUCUCAGCGUGGCACCUUCGACCCAGAUGAACACCAUCCAUGCCUCGCACCUCAACCUGUCCACGACAGUUAUUGCCAGAUCAACACCCACACCGCAGUUCUCCUCCCAGCCGGUGUCAAAUUUCAAUUCCAGCUCCAUAAAUUCAACGGCUGCCUCACAUCAUGUCACGUCUCCGGCUGCUUUUCUGAGAAGCACCCACGCCUCCCUCAUGAAUCUAAACGCAACCUCACAGGCUUUCAACUAUACCCGACCUAAAGAGUUCAUCACGGCUCAAACUUUCUCACCCGUCCGGAGUCCCUCCCCAACCGAAUCCCCAGUCCCGCUUCUCCACGAACUGGCAGCCGAGCUCAAUUCCUCCUUGGCCAAUUCGCCAUUCUCUCCACCGACCAGGACCUUCCCCACAAGAGUGCUUCAGUCUCCAACAAGCCCAUCAUUCAUAUCCUCACCCACGCCGGGCUCAGCGCCAACCUUAAACAACGCGUACGCCUUCAGAGCCCAGUCGCCUCCGCAGGCUUCCUCGCCCACCUCUGGCAACUCCUCACCAAGCCCCAUCCAAAACCCUGUGGCUUUCCUGAGCUCCAUCCUACCUUCCUUGAGUCCGUCUCAGCCUACCAACUCCAUGGGCCUUCCCAAAGGGGCACCUUUAGGGUUGAAAAAGAAGACACCAAAGACGCGGCUCCCGCCAACAGAAAACAUUCGCGAGAGCAAAGAAGCCGUUCUUUAUGACCUUGAGAAAAAGCUGCAAUGUCAAGAAGAUCUUCCCAUUUUUACCUAUCAGCAGAAGCGGAGUAUUGAGGGGAAAACAGCGAGCAGACCCCUUGUUGGACCAAACAUUCCAGCUACUGUCAUUAACUAUGAUGAGGAGUACAAAGUUUCCAAUUUCGAGCAGAGAUUAAUGAGCGAGAUAGAGUUCCGCUUAGAGCGAACACCAGUGGAGGAGUCAGACGAUGACGUGCAACACGACGACGUCCCUUCAGGCAAAUGCAUCGCGCCCAUCUUUGACAAAAAACUCAAGAACUACAAGGCCAUGGAGGGAGUACCUGUUACUUUCUCCUGCAAAAUUGUUGGCAUCCCCGUACCUAAGGUAUACUGGUUCAAGGAUGGGAAGCAGAUCUUGAGGAAGAAUAUUCAUUAUAAAAAAAUAAGAGAAGGUGAUGGGACGUGUGCUUUACAUAUAGAGUCCACAACAGCUGAUGACGACGGAAACUACACAAUCAUGGCAGCGAAUCCUCAGGGACGAAUGAGCUGUUCGGGUCAUUUGAUAAUCCAAACAGGACCACCCCGGAGCAGAUUGACCCCCAUUAACUCUCAGAGGGUACGAACUCGUGUACAGGAAGUUGAGGGAGAGCAAACCCAUGAGCGUUUUUUCCGGCCUCACUUUGUCCAGGCGCCAGGGGACAUGGUUGCACAUGAGGGGAGGGUGUGCAGACUAGACUGUAAGGUGAGUGGUCUGCCCAACCCUGAACUCAUGUGGUUGGUCAAUGGUAGGCCCAUCUAUCCAGAUCUUUACCAUAAGAUGCUGGUGCGAGAAAAUGGUAUCCACUCUUUGAUCAUUGACCCCCUGACACAGAGAGAUGCUGGCACGUAUACCUGCAUUGCUAGCAACAAAGCAGGGCAAAGUUCCUUCAGUCUAGAACUCAAAGUUGUGGAGAAAGAGAUGAAACAACCUCCCCAGUUUGUGGAAAAAUUGCAGAACAUGGGAAUCCCUGAAGGGAACCCCGUCCGGAUGGAGUGUCGAGUGAUGGGCGUGCCCCACCCUGUUAUAUUCUGGAAAAAAGACAAUGACACCCUUCCCAGGACACAGAGUAGAAUGAGCAUGCUGCAGGAUGCCACGGGAUACGUGUGCCUCCUCAUCCAGCCAACCACCAAAGAGGAUGCUGGCUGGUAUACAGUGUCAGCCAAAAACGAGGCUGGGAUUGCGGCUUGCACCUGCAGGCUGGACAUCUAUGCACAGUGGCAUCAGAGCGUGCCGGCGCCCAUGAAGAAGACGCCACGUGGGGUCAGCCGUUACGCAGCUCUAACAGGCCAAGGGCUCGACAUCAAAUCGACCUUCCCCACAUCGGAGACGAGCCCCUUUCUGUUUUCCAGCUCCCCCGCGGAGGCUACGCUGGAGAGCGAGGAGCUGUGAGGAGCGCCUCCUUGUGGAGGGGAGGGAGAAUGUUUACCUACAUGGGUCGUUGUGGGAUUUGUGUGACGAGUUUGAAGUGACACACUCGGAGCAAAGAGUCAUUGUGAAAUGAUUGUGCCAUUUGCUAGCACAGUGUCACCAUUCCGGUAUACGUAGGUCAUAUCAAGAGUGUUUCACAAACAGGAAAAAAAAAAUGAACACAUUUGCCAAGUCUUAGCUUCUGAGCCAGCUAUGGAGUUGAAUUUUGCUCUCCAAAAAGUUUGAAUUAUUAACAUUUGUGGGGUUUUUUUUUGUAGAAAGUAAAACAAAAAAUCUACAAACUGUUCUCGAAGUAGUAUAUUUUCCCUUGCAAAAAACUAGUUCUUCUAAUUUAUAAUAUAAUUAAAUGUAUAUGAAAAUUAAUUUAUUUAAAGGAAUUUGGGAAAUAUACUGUAUUAUUUAGGUGGAUGAUUUAGCAUCAGAUUGUUUCGACCCAAGUGCAUUAUUUAUGUGAAUUCAUUAGGGUACCGAGUCACCUUUUUGCACCAUGUUUUCCAUGUGUAUGCAUGUUGAUGGCCGACAAUUGAUUUUUUUCACAGUUGCAAAAUGUUUUGUAAGUCGCCGAAACGGGAUGUUUGACAGAAGUGAAGUCAAAAUUGUUUUAAUUGAAACCGAUCUUGGCAGUUACAAUGAUUACUUUCCAGAGUUUGGAAAAAUAUUGACGGAAGCAUUCAACCACCUACUCUACUUCUGUUAUGUUGCACACUGUAAAAUAGUCUUCAGAAUAAAAUUCUAUUUAUUCAAA